AAGGAUCUAUACAUACCUGUACCAAGUGAUGAUUAAUUUUGGACCAACAUGGCAGAAGCACCGCUGUUUAUUGCAACCAAGCCUCCACCGUCACCCCAACCAUCACCAAAACUCUCCCUGUCUCUUCCCCCAUCUCCAUCACCCUCCCCUCCAACAGCUCAACAGCACCCUCCGGUCUCCCCCACCCCAUCUUCGGCCUCCUCGGGGUCCUCCCGCUCUCCCAUAGGUCUCCUGCGCCGCCUUUUCAGCGUGAUUGGCUCGGAGGCACGCAAUGGCGCCAACAGACCCCGCAGCAAGUCGUCCGGCAUCACGGCGCACGAGUACGGGAUGUACCGCGAUGGGGAAGGGGUGCUGCGCCCAAGGGCAGCUUCCACCCCUGACCCGUUUGGGGGCGGGGUGCCCUCGAUUCAGGUGAUGGAUGAGAUACUCUUGGAGGAGGAUGGGGGCGGGGUGAUGGAGUUUGAGAGGAUGAGAGAGGGGAGUGAAUGUGGAAGCAGUGCUGAUUGUAGUAGCAUCCAUUCCUCUCAACACUCUCCUGAUGUGAACAACGAGGGCCAGAGGAAGAAGAGAAAAUGGUUGGAUAUUUCAUCUGGUGCAAUACCAAAAUCUUUCAAGUGCCGUAAAAAGGGAGGAUAA